AUGGCAAGGAAUGGAAUCGAGAAGGCUUCGGGUACUCUUAGAUCGCGUUAUCAAGCCUUGCUGUUAUUUGUUCGCACUCAGGAUCAGGAGGAAGUCAUCCGCGACGCCGAUCAGUUGUGGAUUGACCAGCAGGGAGAGCAACUUCUCGAUCAAGCCCAGGAUACCAUCAUGGAACUUGACUCGCAGCUCAUCGCGGAUCAUAACAUCCAGACUUCUCUUCUGUCACAUCUUCAGAAGGACUUGACUACAGCUACAGGUUCUUUGGCUGUAACGGAUUCACCACGUUCCAUCAGCGACGUACCAUCACAAGGAAAUCUGGAUUCUCCUCAACAGACAAGACCCCUAACUCCAUCACAGGGAACCUCCGUUGUCACAGCCAAUUCAACUUCGACGUGUUGA